CCUCGUGUGCCAGCUACACUGUUUACAUUUAACGAGGUGUAACGUUUUGUCUGAGUUUUUGUCAAAGUCAUGUUUUGGAUCCGGCAAAAUGCGUUCGGUGCACAAUCAGGCGUUAUACUUCGGAAAUCACGGCGGCCGAAACGUAAGUUCCCACCGUUUGCUAUUGUUUAAUUCCAACGUCUUUGUGACGCACCGCUGCUUGUCACAAAAUGGCGACGCGCAAACGGGCCGAAGUUGACGUCAGAUCGCGUUUUAUACACUACAGACACGGAGAAAGUAUUCGACACGGUUCCCCCUGUUCAUGCCGAGUACUUUCACACCGCUACAUAGCUUCAAAUCACUCUAGCCUGUGUGGCACGCCCCUCAAAGCGACCCUUGGCGGGACCACUUUCAGGAGAAAUCACCCGUGUACCUCAUCUUGGUGACCAAACGUCCUGUUUUCCUAGGACAUGUCCUGGCUGGCUUGCUGAGAACGUGCUGAAAAUGUCCCGGUUUUCAUUGUUUUUUUUCAUGGAUAUAGGGUUUUUUUUGUUUAUUAACGUAAUAUCUUUAUUAUUUACAUCAUUACACUGAAAGGUUUGCGAGAGCUAUUUCUGUUAAAGCUGGAUUUGCUACUAUAGCUAAUAUUUCUGAUUUUUUAAAUGAUUUGUUCUGUAAACAUUUUAUUUUAUGAAUUAUUUUCUUACAGGCUGAUUUUCGUAAGACAGAAGAGACAUUAUUUCUAUCAUUAUUUCAUUCUACAGAUUUUAAAGCUAUUUUUUCUCGUGAGCCCAGUUCUGGUCGGAUUUCGGUGAUGAGGAACGAAGUUCCCAUUAAAUUGGUGGGGCCGCAUAAGUAAAGAGUUUGGCUUCACAAAACAAUAUGCGUUCAAAAGAGCAAUACAUUUGCGUCACAGAAAUGCCUUCUUGACAAAAUCGCAUCAGAAUCUGAUUUUUUUUUCACGAAAUUACGUUGCCAUAGUUAGACAGAAUGUUACCAAAUGUAAAUAACAACCUUCCCACCACUGAGACACAUCCGGGGGGUUCUGUGCAUGCUCUGACCGACAUUAUAUAAUAUAUAUAUAUAAGCAACAGGAGUAAUAGCAUGUGCAAGCAGGCCCAUAGUAAUUCUUUGCACUGAUGCAAUAGUGUGCAGCCUGUGACGUAGAGAGAGAGCAGAAAUGUGUGUGAGAGAGAGAGAGAGAGUGAGAGAGGGUGCACAGUGCACACUGGUCUUUCUUCUUCCUCCUCCAGCGUGGACACACACCCACCGUGCAGCCCUGUCUUCCUCCCCUCCUCCUCCACCACCUCUUCCUCCUCCUGUGGACCAGUGGACCACUCAGCCCGGCCAUUGACAGCAUAGCAGCAUUUUUGACAUACACGCACAGAGAUGGAGGUACCAGGCUUAGCACGCAACAAUAUCAGCAGUCCGCUGAGCCCCUGCGAGGGGAUGAUCAAAGACCUGAGCCUGGACGCCAUACAGCUCUGUGAGAGAGAUGGAAGUAAAUCCCAGGAUGGCGCCAUCUCUGACAUGGAGGAGCUGCCUGUUCCUCAGAGCAUCAAGAUCAGCAACAUCACCUGCGACUCUUUUAAGAUCUGCUGGGACAUGGAGCAGCGCGGCAAGGAGCGCAUCACGCACUACUUCAUCGACCUCAACAAGAAGGAGAACAAAAAUUCCAACAAGUUCAAACAUAAGGAUGUGCCCACCAAGCUGGUGGCCAAGGCGGUGCCCCUCCCCAUGACGGUGAGGGGCCACUGGUUCCUGAGCCCACGCACUGAGUACACGGUGGCCGUGCAGACGGCGUCCAAGCAGACCGACGGGGACUACGCCGUGUCUGAGUGGAGUGAAAUCAUCGAGUUCUGCACGGCUGAUUAUUCCACUGUGCAUCUCAACCAGCUGCUGGAGAAGGCCGCGGUGAUCUCCGGCCGCAUGCUGCGUUUCUCCGUCUUCUACAGGAACCAGAAUAAGGAAUACUUCGACCACGCUAGGGAGGAGCAGGACAACAGGAUGCUUCCGUCAGUGAAGGACAACAGCGGCAGCCAUGGUUCUCCUAUCAGCGGCAAGCUGGAGGGUCUCUUCUUCAGCUGCAACACAGAGUUCAACACAGGCAAACCCCCCCAGGACUCCCCUUACGGACGCCACCGCUUUGAGGUCCAGGCCGACGCCCUCUUCAACCCCGACACCAACCUCUACUUCGGGGACUUCUACUGCAUGUACACGGCCUACCACUACGUCAUCCUGGUGCUGGCGCCCAAAGGCUCCCAGGGGGACAACUUCUGCAAGCAGAGGCUCCCCGCCCUCGACAUCACCAACAACCGCUUCCUCACGUGCACGCGGGGCGAGGACGGCGACGGCGGCCUGCUGUUCCACCAUGCCCAGGACGUGAUCCUGGAGGUGAUCUACACGGAGCCCGUGGAGCUGACGCUGGGCACGGUGGCCGAGAUCAGCGGGCACCAGCUGAUGAGUCUGUCCACCGUCAACGCCAAGAAGGACCCCAGCUGCAAGACCUGCAACAUCAGCGUGGGACGCUAGCGUGGACGCAGGAUGGACUUCCUAGUGCACUGACCAACAUGCAUGAAGCAGCUGAUUUAAACACACACUUCACUCAGCGUCAUCCACGUUUCAAAAUAAGAGCCCAUACAUGUAAAAGACAUCACUAACAUGGCUGCUUCUUUUGUUUUGCUCAUGAAUGCCUCCUUUUUCUUUGUUAUUCCUCUCUAACGUGUCUUUAUACUCCCCUCUAGUGGUGUGGAGUGGUACUACAGGUUUCCCAAGGCUGCAGCAUCCAACCAAAGGUAUUAAAAAAAAAUCCUACUGUCUGCAAUCCUACUGUCAGUGAACGCAACAGCCUGUGGCUUUAACCUUUAAUGAGCAUGAGGCAGUCUUUUGUGCAGCAUGUGUACCGGGAGUACCGCGGUGGUGCCGUGGCAACCGUCUGUUGUCGUGUGAGGAGGGAGGGGGAUUAAAAAAAAACAACAGUUCAGCGGGAUAAAUGUGAAAAAAUAUUUAUUUUUAUGGAUACAUUCAUAUGUACAUAUACAGUAUAUAUAGAGUGGUAUAUAUACCAGAAGUGCACACACACACACACACACACACACACACACACACAGCUGUGAUUCAUGUCAACGACAGCAUUAAGAUUGAACAGGAUUCCUGUCAAGCAAGUGAAGGCAGACAUGAUGAUGCACUACAAACGUAAACACGACGUCACCAUCGAGGAAAAAAACGACAGCACAAAGGAGGACUGAAACGUUGCAGCUCAUUGAUGGCGUUUCACACACGGGAGUACCGGGGCCACACUGACCACAAGGAGCACCGGGAAAACAAAGGCUAAUUACAGGAAUACCACGAGAAAUUAGUCUUUUUACAACUUUUUUCUUGUAAUUUGAUGAGUCUGAGAACAUUGAGUUUUUUUUUUUUGCUGUAAUAUGACUUCAUUUUUGUACUUUGUUGUAAUGCUACUAAUAACGUGACUGUUGGAACAUUCGUCCUUGAAAUAUGACUAGAAAAAAUAUUUUAUUUCUCCCCCCCCACAUUCUGUACUGAUUUUAUUCUCCAACUUUUUCAUUGGAAAAUGACUGCUUCAUUCGUUCAUUUUCUAAGCUGCUUGUCUCGGGGGUAUGCUGGAGCCUAUCCCAGGUGGGGUACACCCACCAACUUUGCUUUUUUUCCGCUCAAUACCACCCCUUUUUUUCCACAUAACUUUACGCUCAUUUGUCUCAAUUUGGGGGUGUUUUUUCCCCCUUUUCUUUUCAGUGUGGCCCUCGUACCCCUUCAUAGAUUUGAUGCCUUUAUUUUGCCUUUAUUCAGCAGAUGCAUAUUUCACAACAAUAACAAUUAGCAAAGUGCCAUAAAUACACCUCCACUAAUGCUGACAUUACUCAUCAUGUACAAUAAAGUAAGUUAGCACGCUACAUGACACACGUUGCUUCAUCUUGUGCUUUUUGGACUUUCAUCUUCCUGUAAAGUGCAAACGAGCUCAUUCAAGUCCUGGUCCUGGUUUUGUUUUUUGUUCGUGAAGACAAAAAGCUCCACUGUGAGAAGCUCAGCUGCUCUUGGCUGUUUCCUGUUUUUUACUGAGCAGAGCCUCCAGGAGGCGGAGCUUUGCUUUGAGGUUCUUAUACUGGCAGUACUCCUCUGCCAUGGGGCCGCGGUCCUCCUUUUGACAAACCCUACAGGAGGAGAGAGAGAGGACGCUACACGUAUUUGUUGACGGCCCCUAUGUUGCCUUACUGGGAUAGCGUUGUACUGUGUGUAUUGUGAGCCCAAAUAAAUGACUAUCGACAUGGAUGGUGUACACUUCACAGUCUUAUCUUUCCUCAGCUCUGCGCCGUAUCAGUCGUACAUGCGGGUUCCUUCUUCGCUCCUUAUUUCAUUCUUAUUUGAUUCUUUGUUAUUUGACACCAUGCAUCGUUCAAACCAAAAUGCUCAGAGUUUGUUUGAAGACGGAAUAAAACUCCAAAGCAAAUGUUUCCUUAAGCGUGUGUGUU